AUGAUCUCGAAUUUUUCACUAAAACUUCAUUUAGUUGCAGCUACUGCUAAUGUGGAAAGUGUCAAAGUGUGUUUUACGCAUAUGAACAGCAUAGGAGGAUAUCCUAAAGAAGGUUCCUACGAAAUGGUCAAAUUGAUCUUGGACCAAAAUUGCACACAUAUCAUAGGAAACCUAAUCCUUACUGGUCUUUACCGGAAAGCUGAUGGAUCUGAUCCGGACUUGAGUUUUUUGAAAUCAAUUCAAGAAAUAUCUGGUUACUUGAUUAUAAUGCAUUCAAAUGUAAAUAAUAUACCAUUGUCUAAUUUACGAGUUAUACGAGCAAAUAAUGGAGGCUAUAAAAUACGCGAUGAAUUAGAUUUUGCCGCUCUAAUAAUCCGAAAGAAUUAUAAAGAUGGAGAAACACUGAAGCACGUUGAUUUACAUAGCUUAAAAUCUAUAGUUCGUGGUAGCGUUUAUAUAUACGAUAAUCCGGGACUUCAGUAUUUGCCGGACAGUAUCCACUGGACUGAAUUAUUCGAAAGUCUUGGAGAACAGAACUUUUACAGUCAUAAGUUGAUUCAAACAAACAGUUAUGGAGACAAAAAUAUCACUAUUGAUCUACAUCUAUAUGAACACAAUCCACAUGACAUUGAACCAGAGCCAGUAUCAGCUAAUGUGAAGCCAUCCUGCUCCAAACUUUGCCCAAAGAUAAACAACAACACAUAUUGUUGGGGCCAUCUCUGUCAGACUGUCAACACCAAUCUAAAUGUCAAAGUUUAUUAUGUAAUCGGAGGGUGUACUGGACCUUUAGCUUCACAAUGUGUGAGUUGUAAAGAAUAUUAUAAUUCUGGCACAUGUGUUGCACACUGUCCAUCUAGAACAAUAAUUCAUGAAGGCAAGUUAAUUUCGAAUCCUGAGUUCAAGUACCGCUUGGGAAAUCUAUGCUUAUCGGUUUGUCCAGAUGGAUUCAUGGUUGAAGGUGAUGUAUGUGUGACUCAUUGCUCUACAGGUAGUAUGAGUACAGAUGGACGUGUAUGUCUUCCAUGUCAAGAUAAAUGUCCAAAAUCCUGUAAAAUCACUGAUAAGGAAACGAAAAAUGGACGUAAAAUGAGUAAUUUUGAUUUAAGAAAUUUAAAUCAAUUAAUUAACUGUACUAUACUAGAAGGUAAUUUGAUCCUAACAAAAGAAUCAUUUAAUCCAAGUUCUGAUCUAACCGAUCAUAUCCCAAUCACAGAUCACCGUCAAUUAUGGGCUUUACAUUCAUUAAGAGAAAUAACUGGUUAUAUAUAUUUAGAUUUGGAAUUACUUGGCGAUAGUCUGAGAAAUUUUAGUUUUCUUGAAAAUCUUGUGAAAGUCAGUGGUUAUCUACCUUCUGCACGAGUGAGUAUAAUGAUUAUAAACAGUAAGGCGCAUUUUCCUGGAUUAAGAAGCCUUCGACAUGUUCCACAUGGAAGAGUUAUAUUUCACCAAAACCCCAACUUGUGUUAUUUAUCCUCACUGCCUUGGACUAAUUCAGCACACUCAAGUAUCUUUAGCACACUGAAUCAAACAAAUUCGAUGGAAAUUACUGUUAUUGAUGGUCCAAGUGACAACUAUUGUGAAUCUCUUAACUACGUGUGUCAUCCUGCAUGCAAGAAGGAGUAUGGAUGCUGGGGACCAGGACCAGAUCAGUGUGUUCGCUGCUCAUAUCGUAGAGCGGGAUUAUAUACAUGCGUUCAAUCAUGUAGUAACUUAACAGGAUAUAUGUCUGAACAAUGGGAAAAACAACUCCAAAUGUCUAACAAGAAGAAUGACUAUUUUGGCAAUUCUCUGACUAAAAAUUUUCACCUAAAUUACCAUACAGCAGAAACUGAAUAUGUUUGUGUCCCGUGUCAUCCAGAGUGCGGCAAAUCCUGUACAGGACCUGGUGCUCAUGAGUGUAUUGGAUCAUGUAAAACAGCUUGGUCAGAAGGUCAGUGUGUUUCAGAAUGUCAUUCAAACACUUAUCUAAAUAUAGACAGAAGAAUUUGUGAGCCAUGUCAGACACAUUGUCAUCAACGUCAGUUAACAAAACAGCCGGUAUGCACUGGUCCUGGUCGUCAUCCAGGAAAAGGAGGGUGUAAUAAAUGCGAGAAAUUUGUUGUACAGUCACAUUUCAAUCAGAUGAAUACGGAAAUAUCAGAUUUAUCAUCCCCGCUUACAACAAUUAGCUUGCUAUGCAUCAGAGGAGAUUGUCCACCGGGAACUUAUUUAACAACUGAAGUGGUUCAACCGGACACUUUGUUUGCGAAGUACGCUGAAAUAUUCACAAGUGUUGCUGCAGUAUGUCGAUCAUGUCAUCCAAGGUGCCCAAUGUGUACAGCAUACAGCCUCCUAAGAGCUAAUGAGCAACGUUUAGGAUGCAUGAAGUGUAGUGGAUUUUGGCUGAGAGAUGCUUGCGUAGAACACUGUCCUGUAGAACAAACCUACGCAAUAUGGAUUAAGACUAAUCAUAAUGUAUCCAGAAAUUCUUCAGAAAAGCACUUAAAUUUAAAAGACGUCAAUUUGAAAUACAAUGGUAUUUAUGUGCGACAUUUAAAUGGACAGUGUUUAGCCUGUCAUGAGCAAUGUCAUGCUGGAUGUUGGGGUCCUGGACCAGAUCAGUGCAACCAUUGUCUUAAUGUCAAAGUACCUAUCCGAUUUAUAUCUAAUAAUCUUACUAAAUUUUACGGACUGGAUCAAUUUUCAGGAGAUGAUCUAUCAAUUGAAUUGAACAGUCUAAAUUUACAUCUAUACCAUGGGAGAUUUAUUUGCUUACCACAAUGUCCAAAUGAUUUAUACAAUCAUAUAAUUAAUAUACCUGAAAUGGAAGGUGAAACAAUAUGUCAUCAUAGUACAUAUUUAAGUACUAGUGAUUAUGAACUGAUAAUGCAGGACAAUGUGUAUCCAUUUCAAUACUUUAAUAAUUAUCCAUUUCAAAUAACAAUCAACAAUUGGAGCAAGGAACGUCUGCAGGAAUUAUCGGACUAA